AUGGAGGACAAAGUAAUUAAAGAACUUAAACGAAUGACAAACAUUGGCGUCAUCACUCCGGUAGAAGAGGCAAUAACAUGGGUGUUAUCUAUGGUUGCAACAAGAAAAAAGAACACUGAAGAAAUUAGAUUGUGCAUAGAUUCAAGAGAUUUAAAUGGUGCUCUGAAGAGACCCCAUCACCCAAUGAAAAUUGUUGAGGAAAUAACUAGAAAUUUAGCCAAUGCCACAGUAUUUACGGUCUUAGAUGCUAAUUUUUUUUUUGGCAGAGAUGGUAUCAAUAGUGGAUCAGAAGUAUUUCAACGGACAAUGGAAAUACUCUUUGAAGGAUGUCCUUGUGAGAUAAUUGUGGAUGGCCUGCUAGUCACUGGUAAAGAUUUAAACGAGCAAGACAAUAAUUUAAAGGAGGUGCUACAGAGAAUUCAGAAGGUUGGACUCUGCUUGAAUAAGAACAAAUGCAAGUUUCGACAGAGUCAAGUUUCCUAUGUUGGACACCUUCUAACCGACAAUGGUAUAAAACCUGAUCCUGAGAAGAUAAACGCUAUAUGGGAGAUGCCAGUUCCAAAGGAUACACAAGCUUUAAGCCGUUUUCUUGACCAUCAACCACUGAUAACCAUUGUGAAAAAGCCACUUCACAAAGCGCCAGCUCGUCUGCAGAAAUUACUAAUGCAGUUACAAAGAUACCACUUUGAGUUGUUAUACAAGAAAGGUGCUGAGCUAUAUUUGGCAGACACCUUAUCACGAGCACCUACUACAGAUACUGGUGAUGAUGAUUUUCUGUAUGAAGUCAUGGAAGUAUCGCACAUCUCUGAUGCUAAACAGGAAGAGCUGCGAAUUGCAACGAAAGAGGAUCGCACUCUACUGAUGUUAAUUAACACAAUAUUUAAGGGAUGGCCAAAAACUCCAAAGUCGUGCCCUUCAGAAAUACGAAGUUAUUUUACUUUCAGAGAUGAACUCUCAGUAGACAAUGGAAUAGUUAUGAAAGGACAUAAAAGCAUAAUUCCUAGGUCUCUCCAGUCAUCAUAUACACAAAUACUACACAAAGGACAUCCUGGAAUAGAAGCUACAAAACGCAGAGCACGGGAAAUUGUCUAUUGGAGAUCAAUGUGCGAUGAACUUAAACAAGUUUGUGACAUCCUGCCAGAUAUAUUUGAGUGGAACAAUAAGCAUUUCCUAGUACUCGUAGAUUCCUAUUCCGGAUGGUUUGAAGUGAAUACUUUAACUGACUUAACAUCAGCCACGGUAAUAGUGAAACUGAAGCGUCACUUUGCUACCCAUGGUACACCGCGGAUUCUCAUAAGUGACAAUGGAGGUCAGUAUUCAGGUCAACAAUUCAAACAGUUCGCAUCAGAAUGGAACUUUGUUCACAUCACGAGUAGUCCUGAACAUGCCCAAUCAAAUGGCCUUGUAGUGAAUGCGGUAAUUAAAGCAGGCAAAGAUGUUGUUAGAAAAGACACAAAGAGAUGGAUCAGAUAUCUAUCAAAAUCUUCUGAACUUACACAAUGUGCCAAGAGAUAA